CGCAAUGAGAAAUAUGAAUUUUAUUUGUUAAUAAUCACUCGAACAGAGAGCACUUGCAUAUUCUAUAUAUAUGUUAAAUCUGAUGUAAAAAAAACAUUUCCUUAUAUUGUUCAUAGAAAGGAACACGAAAAUAAACGUUCUUAUCAAGAGACACACACUGCUCGGUUAAACUGAUUUUUUUUUUCGUCGAUAGUUUUCGAACGGUUAUCUGAAAGCAAUUACAACCAACGAUAAUUUUGUGAUCAUGUGAAAAAUAUGUGUGUGGACGAUUUAUAUCUACUAAGAGAACUUAUUCAAAUAAUUGAGAGUGUGAUUACAUUUGCAUAAUUAAUUGAUUACAAUUAAUAUUAUUGCUCUUCACAUUUUUGUCGUGCAAAUACUAUUCGUAAAUAUCAGUAACUAAAAACGACUGGAUCAUUGACCAUCAUAGAACUAUUAAAACGAAACAAAGAAAUACGGUGCUUCGAACACAAUCGGUUCAGAUAAAUAAAAGAGAAUUUGUAAACGUGUGUCUACAGUCAACAUCCACAAUUGAUACCUUCAACUGAAUCAAAAUGAUACUGCCCAACAACACGGGAGGAUGGUUCCUUCAAUCAUUAAUAAUUCUGGCUAAUCAGACGGAUCGAAGUCCGAACAAUACGUUCGGAGACUAUUUACAUUUGCCUAUUGGCGCGAGUACUGAUUCAAAAACUCCCAAAUGCUAUGGAGUCUACGGCUGCUUUCCAAUCGAAUAUCCAUGGACGACAAUAACGCGACCGGUCAGCCUUUAUCCAGAAAGUCCCAAUAAAAUCAAUGUCAACUUUCCCGUAUUCAAUCGACACAAUCGACAAAUACCGUGGAAGCUCGAUCUGAACGAUCCGAAAAAGACGAAAGGCAUCGGAAUAAAUCCGUACGGAAAUAUCUAUUUCAUUGCACAUGGGUACAUCGACUCUGGGGACAGGCCAUGGAUUCAAGACAUGACGAAUGCUUUACUUGAUGAAGAUCCACAGGGAACAGCAACAGUGAUAGUGGUUGACUGGGGCGAUGGUUCUAGCCCUCCUUACACACAGGCUGUGGCUAAUAUUCGUUUGAUCGGUGCCAUUACCGCGCAUGUCAUUCACAUGGUCUAUGAAGAAUUGAGUUUACCCAAUACAUACAAAAUUCACAUGAUCGGCCAUUCCCUUGGGGCACAUUUGUGUGGUUAUGCCGGUUAUUAUUUGCAGAAGGACUUUGGUCUGACGCUGGGUCGCAUUACCGCACUCGAUCCUGCAGAGCCACUAUUUACCGACACUGAUCCGAUAGUACGUCUCGAUCGAACCGAUGCUAAUUAUGUGGAUGUCAUACACACUGAUACUUUGCCAUUCACCAGCGGUGGUCUUGGCAUGAGAAUGGCUAUUGGACAUGUGGACUUUUACCCAAACGGAGGUUACAACAAUCCAGGUUGCGACGGUCCCGUUCAGGACUACAUAACGCAAGAGAAAGGUUCACUGUUCUGGGGAGUUCAACAGUUUGUCAGUUGCAAUCACAUUCGUGCCCAUCAGUUCAUGACCGAUAGCAUACGAUCGAAGUGUCCAUUUAAUGGCAUCAGCUGCGACAGUUACGAUGACUUCAAGGAGGGGUAUUGCUUCGAUUGUAACCAAGACGAUGGAUAUCGUUGCUUUAAAUUUGGCCUCAAGAGCAUCGACAGCUAUGAAACGUUAGUGUCGCAGGGCAAGAUAAUGGAUGCCGAACCGAUUAAAGUUUAUUUGAUGACAAACGGCAAAAGUCCAUACUGUCGAACCCAUUACAAAGUCACCAUAAAAAUGUCAUCGUCGAUGGAAAGUACGAUGCAUGGCGGUGAGGUCGGAGACAUGUGGAUUAUUAUACAUGCUGAUCAACACAAUGCCACGGAAAAGAUGCGACUAUCGCCCGAAACAGUAUCGCGAUUCUACGAACCUGGACUGGAGUACACAGCUGUUGCUUCGGGAAGAGAUAUUGGCAUUCCAAAGUAUGCCUACAUGGAAUGGGAGUAUAAAGCAAAUCCAUUGAACCCGUUGACUUGGAGAAUAUUAUCGACGCCGAGAGUCUACGUGGAAUACAUAACAAUAGAGUCGCUAGAACAUCGAUCAAAGCUGAAGCUAUGUCCGAUUUUUGGUAAUCCAGUUCAAGCAGAUAGUGAAAACUUGUUCAUGGACGACUAUUGUAAGGAUUACAACAAACGAUUUUCUGCCGGUUCCAAUCGAUACAACGACUAGACGAUUCAGCCUUCUCACGUCCUCUAUCGAACAAUGCACUUUUUUUUGUAGUAUUUAAUGUGUUAGCUUUAGUAAUCGAUGACCAAAGAAUUGACGUACGAUGGUGCGUGGCUAAAUAAAAAUUUACUUUUUUUUUAAGAAAAAAAAAA